AUGGUCGAGGGAUCAGCUACCUCCGCGAUGCAGCACACCAAGGAGGGCCGCGUCAUCGUCCGAAAUCUUUCCUACAGGGCGAUGAAGCCCGAUCUGCAGAAGGCUAUGUCUCGAUUUGGCAAGAUCGCGGAAAUCGUCCUCGGUGAGAAGCCACACAACAAACCGAAUUGGCCUUUUCCGCAUGGUGGUUUUGCCUUCGUUCAAUUCUCAACUCGAAAGGAAGCGGACAAGGCAGUCGCCGUUAGCAGCUCUUCGCAAGGGCUCAAGGUCCGAGGAAGGCAGGUGGCCGUGGAUCUCAGUGUGGACACCCGAACCUACGCCAAGAAAAAGCGUGAGAGACGUCAAAAAGAGGUAGAGGAGGCGAAAAAAGAGGAGGAAAAAGAAGAAGUGGAAGAGGAAAUGAAGGAAGAACCACAGGAUCUCGACGAUGAUAAUAGUGAUGCUGGAGAGGAGUCUGAGGAAUCUGACAGCGAGGAGGAGGACGAGGAGCCCUCGAGCUCCAAGGCGAAGCGAAAAUGCGGUUUCGAUUUGGAUGAAGGCCGGACCUUGUUUAUUCGCAACCUCCCUUUCACGUGUACGAUACCCGAUGUUGUCACAUCGUUGACAGAGCAGUUGAAUGCUGACGGAGACAAAGUUAAAGAUCCUGUCACCUUUGUGAAGUUUGUUGGCGGUGGUGAACACCCUUCGAGUGGGAAGGCCUUCGUCAAGAUGCGUUCGAGCGAGGUAGCCGACAGGUUGCUGGACAUCGAGGAGAGCGCCAACAGGGUUGCUAGUGCGGUUGAAAAGAAGUCUCAAGCGGACAGUAAGAAGAAUCUCCAUUUACUGAAGGAAGGCUAUAUUGAUCCUGAAUCCGAGGAGUUCUUAAAGCUGACUGCCUCCGAGAAGCGUCUCCGAGAAGCAUCUUGGAAGGAGCGGAAGUAUAAGAUGUACAAUAAUACUAACUUCGUCAUCAACCCGUUGCGCUUGUCUAUUCGGAAUUUGGCUGUUCAUACGACUAAGCAGUCUCUCAAGCAGGCCAUUGACGAGGCUCUCAAGGAGGCUAAGGUCAAGGCGAGUACUAGGCAUUCGGUUAAGGUCAAUGUAUUGGUUGAUGAAGAGAGAAGGGUGCCGAUUCCUGGUGGAGAGGAGGGAGCCACCACUAAACGCUGCAAAGGAUUCGCCUUCGCGGACUUCAGGAACAACCAAGUUGCUUUGAAGUGCCUGAGGAUGAUGAAUAACAAUAACAAAUACUUGGACUCGGACCGUCGGCCUAUAGUCGAGUUCGCCAUCGAGGAUAAGCGAGCCUUAAAACAGCUGCAGCAGUCUAAGAAGAAGCAGAUAGAGAAGAAGAAAGAGACGGAAGUUCAGAAGGAUAUCGAGAAGUCUCAUAAGGGAGGGAGAGGAGCUCGGCAGAGAGCGGCUAGGCGCAGAAGAGCGGAAGAGAUGGUAGCAGCUGAUGCCAGUGACGAGGUCGCUGAGAAGGUUGAGCCUGCCAAGGCCGUCGAUGAGACGAGCGCGACCCCAGCCGGUAACGGGUCACCUCGCAAGAAGCUAGGACCAGCGGCCAGACGUCGAGCCCGGCGUAGAGAGGAGAAGGAAGAGAAAACGAAGAAGGUGGUGUCCUCGGACCUAGCUGAGGAUCGAGAUGAGCUCGAAAGGCUCGCCCAAGCAGUCGCUAAUUCUCGCCAGGACAAUACUGAGAAUGCAGAGUUCCCAUCAAGGGUUCGUCGACGCUCCGGCAAGAAGCGAGAGGCCGAUAAACUGUUGGAAGCAGAGCAACGGUACCUGUCUAAGGUCCGUCGGUCCCAGGAGUAAUACCAACUCCGACAACGU